AUGUAUACUGAGGGAUUUACCAAAAACAUCAGACAACCUUAUAAAUGUGCUCUGUGUUUUAAGAAUUUUCCUUCUAAAACCAACCUCACAAUACACAAACGAUCAUUCGCUGUAAAAUACAAUCUCACUAAACAUGAACGCGUGCACACUGGAGAUAAGCCCUACAAAUGUAACUUAUGCUCUAAGUCUUUUUCUAAUAAAUCUGACCUUACAAAACACGGACGAGUUCACACUGGAGAAAAGCCCUACAAAUGUGAUGUAUGCUCAAGGUCUUUUUCCGCAAGAUCAAAUUUCAACAAACACAAACGCGUACAUACUGGAGAAAAGACCAAUUAA